AUGGAAAAAGAAAGUUCACUCGAGAAUUCGAGAAAUUCCUCAAUCAACGACUUUGAUGAUUCUACUUUAUCUAACAAGGUACACACAUUUUUGGGACACUCAGGUACCCAAUUAAAUUUCAUUAUAUCUACUUUUGCUGGUGUUGGAUUCUUUUUAUUUGGGUACGAUCAAAGUUUAAUUGGAAGUUUAUUAACAUUGCCCAAUUUCGAAGAAACGUUUCCGUCUAUACUGGGCCCUGAAGACGGUGUUCUCCAAGGUACGGUUGUGAGUAUUUAUGAAAUAGGAUGUUUUGCCGGGGCCAUUGCAACAAUUUAUUGCGGAAACAAAUUUGGGCGUAUCAAGUGUAUGCUUAUUGGGUGUAUCAUUAUAAUUAUUGGAGCUGCCCUUCAAGCUAGUGCUUUUUCGGUGGGUCAUUUUAUUGUUGCCAGAAUUGUCACCGGGGUUGGUACUGGGUUCAUGACAUCGACGGUUCCAGUGUGGCAGUCCGAGUUAUCGAGAGCAACCACUAGAGGUAAACUUAUUAUGUUGAUGGGAAGUUUGAUCACUGCAGGUGUAGCCACAGCUUAUUGGGUUGAUUUUGGCUUUUAUUUUGUUAGUGACAAUGACCCCAAAGGUAUUUCAUGGAGACUUCCAAUUAUUUUGCAAGUUAUUUUCCCAAUUGUGUUGCUAAGUGUUAUUUUCAAAGUACCUGAAUCUCCACGUUGGUUAAUGUCCAAAAAAAGAGUUAAGGAAGCAAGAAUCGUGUUUUCGGCAAUUUAUAACUUACCCGAGAAUGACAGCGAAGUGGCCAGUCAGUUGGCAGAGAUUCAAAGUGCAUUAGAGUUAGAAGAGGCGGAAUCAGCUGGAUUUAAUAUUAAGGAAUUGGUAAAACAGGGCCCAACAAGAAACUUUCAGAGAUUAAGUUUGGCAUGUUGGUCACAGAUUUUCCAACAAAUAUCUGGAAUAAACUUGAUUACCUACUAUGCGGGUACUAUUUUUGAAAAAUACAUCCACAUGUCACCAUUCAAUGCUAGAAUCUUGGCUGCUUGUAAUGGGACCGAGUACUUCUUGGCUUCAUUGUUGGGUAUCGUUUUCAUUGAAAGAGUUGGAAGACGGAAGUUAUUGUUUUUUGGAGCCAUUGGCCAAGCCUUGACCAUGAUGGCAUUGACAAUUUCCACAUGGCAAGCAGAUAAACAAAGAGCAGAAAACGGAGGUGGGUCUGGUGCCGGUAUUGCUGCAGCUGUGUUCCUAUUUGUAUUUAAUUCUGUUUUUGGAGUGCUGUAUCUAGGAGGAACAUGGUUAUUACCAACAGAAGUUUCAUCUUUACAAUUAAGAGCAGCCACAGCAGCACUAUCAACGUCGUGUAACUGGAUUUUCAAUUUUAUGGUUGUCAUGAUUACUCCAGUUGCGUUUCAAAAUAUUAGUUACUACACUUACACGAUUUUUGCCUGCAUUAACAUUUUAAUUGCUCCAAUGAUUUAUAUAUUCUACCCAGAAACUUCAGGAAGAACAUUGGAAGAAUUAGAUAUCAUAUUCAGCAAGACCCCGGUUUGGAGACCAUGGGAGGUUGUGGCCAUAGAAAGAGAGACUCCGAAACGAGAUUUCACAAAGGAUAUGGAAAAACCAUUCACGGAACAUAUAGAUCGUGUAGAACUGGAUUGA